AUGGAUUAUUUGCUCGUAGCGGUAGCAGCACUCACUGUCACGGCCUCGUCCAUAGGCUUCCACCUCCUGACCAGAGCAAAGAAACCAUGUCCGGCCAAGUUGCCCCCGGGCUCUCUCGGUCUGCCGGUGAUUGGCCAGACCAUCGGCCUCGUCCGCGCCAUGCGCGCCAACAGCGUCGACCGGUGGAUUCAGGAGCGAAUCGACAGAUACGGGCUGGUUUCGAAGCUCUCGCUGUUCUGCACGCCGGCGGUUCUUCUGGCUGGCACGGAGGCCAAUCAGUUCGUGUUCUUCUGCAGCAUGCUGCCUGUGUGGCGGCCGCGGUCCUUCCAGCGUAUCAUCGGGGAGAAGAACAUGAUGAACCUCUACGGCGACGACCACCGGUGCAUCCGUGGGGCGGUAAUGGAGCUCCUUAAGCAUGACAUGCACAGGUUGUACGUCAGGAGGAUGGACUCGGAGGUGAGGCGCCACCUGGAGAAGAACUGGGCCGGCCGCACCCCCGUCACGGUGCUGCCACUGAUGAAGCGGCUGGCGCUGGACAUCAUCUGCGCGCUACUCUUCGGCCUCGAGCCCGGCGCCAUGCGUGACUACCUCGCCGCCGACUUGGUGCGCAUGCUGGAGGGCACCAUCGCGAUCCCGGUGAACCUGCCGUUCACGGCCUUCGGCCGGAGCCUCAAGGCCAGCGGUAGGGUUCGAAGGCUACUCAGCGGGAUCGUGCGAGAGAAGAAGGCCAAGCUGGAGCAGGGCAAUUCGGCGCCGAUCAAUGACCUCAUAAGCCGCCUGCUCUGCCUGACAGACAACCAGGGCCAGCAGCUGCUGACCAAUGACGAGAUCGUUGACAACAGUAUGCUCGUCCUCCUCGCCGGCCAUGACACCACGUCCUUACUCAUGACGUUCAUGGUACGUCACCUCGCUAAUGAUCAGGACACCCUCGCCGCGAUGGAGCAAGAGCAUGAGGAGAUUGCGAGGAACAAGGCUGCUGGAGAGGCUCUCACCUGGGAAGACCUGGCUAAGAUGAACUUCACAUGGCAAGUCGCACAGGAGACACUUCGCAUCGUGCCUCCAGCCUUCGCGAGCUUGAGAAUAGCACUCGGGGACAUAGAGUUCGACGGCUACCGCAUCCCAAAAGGAUGGCUGGUGUUUUUGGCGGCAAGCGCAACGCACAUGGACCCCAGCAUCUACCACGAGCCGGAUAAGUUCGACCCCUCCCAUUUCGACAACUACUCCUUGGCAGCGGGGCCACCGUGCUCCAAUCUCGCCUUCGGCUGCGGCCAUAGAAUAUGCCCCGGGAUAGUGUUUGCCAAGAUCGAAAUACUGGUGACGAUGCACUACCUAGUGAGACACUUUAAGUGGAAGCUAUGCUGCAAGGAGAACACUUUCGCCAGGGAUCCCUUGCCUUCGCCCCUGCUGCAUGGCCUGCCAAUACAAAUCGAGCACAUGACCUCUCCUUGA